AUGUCAGCAGCACUAGUCAAUAGAUCAUUAACUACAAUAAGAACGGAAUUAGAAUUUUUGAAAGAUUCUGAUGUAAUAACGGAUGCUUUAUACGAUCAAAUAGUUGAUUCAUUACCUCAAAAAUAUUCAAAAGAUAGUAAACCAAAAGAUGUGGAAGAAAAAGCAGAAAUACCAAAAAUAUCAAAAUCUGAAUAUUCACCAUCAACACAACAAAAUACCAAUCAAUCAUUCAAAGAUCAAACAAAUAAAAUAGCAGAGGAAUUGUCUAAAACUAGUUUAGUAGUAGCCCCACCAGCAUAUGAACCACAAUCAUCGAAUAAGGAACCGCUUGCUCUUAGCUAUUGUGUGGCCAUAUAUGAUUACAAGGCACAAGAAGCUGAUGAUUUGAAUUUAAAGAAAGGUGAAAAAUUGGCAAUAGUAGAACAUUUAUCUGAAGAUUGGUGGAAAGGUUAUAAAUCGGAUGAUUCCUCGUUCAAGGCUGGUGUAUUUCCUUCAAAUUAUGUUAAAAUAAUAUCGGAAGAUGAAUUUAAAAAUUCAAGAAAAGCUUUACAACCUCCACAAAUUUCUUUACAUAACUCCUAUAAUUCAAAUUAUGGUCCUUCAACACCAUACGGACAAUUACAACCACAACCAUCAUAUGGUGGAUAUGCUCAAUAUCCACCUCCUACUUCGAACUAUUAUCCUCCAUCUCAACCACAACAACAACAACAACAAGUACAGAUAAUACCGGGUGAUCAAAAUCAACAGGUACAACAAGCACAACCAUCUAAAGGUAAUGAAAGAAUGAAAAAAUAUGGGGAAAGAUUUGGAGAUGGUUUAGCAGUUGGUGCUGGUAUGGGUGUAGCUCUGAGUAUUAUAAACGGGAUUUUUUAA